GACCUGCUCUUUUGCAUUGUCACAGAGAGAGUUGGCAUUUUGCUCUUCCUAAAGAAGAAGAGAGAGCAAUGUCAGCCUCUCUCCUACGCCAUAUUCUUCCUUACUCGAGGAGAAGAAGGCGCUGGCCUCUUCAAUACUCGCUCCUACCUUUAGCAAUCCUUUCCCUAACUGUCGCUAACUCGCUGGAUCAUUCUAACAAUCAAUUCGACCCAUUUCCCGGGGAUAUACUGACCCCCUACCCCGAGGGGAGACAUGGUGGUACUAGAACAACACGUGAAAUAAGCUCCUGUCAGCACACGAGAUGGGAAAAUCGAACAGUAGAGACUUUCAAGGUUUUAACGACUCCUCCGAGUGGUGAUGGAAAACUUAAAUUUAAAAUGCAUAAAUAUGCAGACGUUGUGGCUAGAACUCCAUUACGAAAACGCUAUGCAGUCGGUACUAUUACUUUUAUUGAAGAUCCUUAUUUUACGCUAUCAGUUUUAGAGCCUUCAAGAAAAGGAACUUGUCAUCAGAACUCGUAUUAUACUACCAAAGCAACCGUCCUUGAUACAGCUGCUAAUUAUAAACAUGGCUGCCGUUUAGCAGCAAAUGGCGGGUAUUUUACCGUGUCUAAUGGUAACUGUCUGGGUAAUAUUGUGUCUGAUGGUCGACUGGUUAAAUCAGCUAACGGAGUUCAAAAUGCUAACUUUGGUAUAAAGGAGGACGGGAGUAUUGUAGUCGGGUAUAUACCGGAGGAGGAGCUGCAUAACCAGACUAACCCAUUUAGACAACUGGUUACAGGUGUUAUAUGGCUAGUAAGAAAUGGUACUAAUUAUGUUAAUGAAAGCAAGGUGAUGGAGUGUUCAGAUCAUGAAGACACAGGACCAAUGGAUACUUUUGUUAAUGUGAUAUCAGCAAGAUCAGCUAUUGGUCAUGAUGAUAAAGGAAGAGUCGUACUAGCACGUGUUGAGGGACAGACUCAUGUUAGAGGUGCAAAUCUUUACGAGUUUGCCGACGUAUUAAUUAAAAGAGGUGUGGUCAAUGCUAUUAAUCUAGACGGGGGCGGUUCCAAUACUCUAGUACAGGACGGGAUAUUACUGAACUAUCCUUCUGAUCACUGUGAUCAUGAAUCACAGUACAGGUGUGCCAGGAAGGUAUCAACAGUGAUAUGUGUCCAUGAUGUACAGUGUCUUGAACCUGAUUGUAAUAACCACGGGUCAUGUGACAUGGGGGCGUGUUCAUGUGAGUCACCAUGGACCGGAGAUACUUGUGGAUCUGUUAACUGUUCACUGACUGAUUGUAAUGGACACGGAAUAUGUAUGGAGGGUUCAUGUACCUGUGAUCCUGGAUGGACUGGAGAACUGUGUCAAAAACCUUGUCCUAGAAACCGCUAUGGAUUUGAUUGUAGGUCAUAUUGUUACUGCUAUGGACGUGGUCGCUGUCACCCAGUGUAUGGUAACUGUACCUGUGAUACUGGAUACACUGGAGCACACUGCUGGACUAAAUGUAAGAAAGGUUAUUAUGGAGUCAACUGUGCUCAGAAGUGUAUGUUUCCUGAUUGUUCUGGUAAUGGACAUUGUUCUAUAUUGAAUGGAUCAUGUUUAUGUAACAAGGGUUGGACUGGUAUAUCUUGUAAUAUAACAUUAAUAGAAAAUAAUCAAAUAAAUACAUCCUCUACCUUAUUUAUCACAUCAUCAUCAUCAUCAUUAGCUGAUACUCCUGAUGCUAGUACUGCAGUGCCAGUGAUGAACUCAAUCUCCUCAUUACUGUCUCCUACUAAUGAUGUGUCACUACAGGAUAUUACUGUAUUGAAUAAUGAUAAUAAAUCUAUUGAUAGUUGUAAUGGAACUACUACUAGUAGUUCAUCUCCUCCAGUUAAUUACAGUGCUAAUGAUGAUGAUAAUCAAUUAAUUAUUAUUAUUAUAUUAAUUGGUUUAAGUACUGUCACUAUACAUGUUAUACUGUGUGCCGUUCACAUAUGUUGUCAUGGUAACGGAGAGAUAAAGUUUAACAAGUCAGAGAUAAAGAGAGAACUGAUGGAGAGGAGAGAAUGGGAACAGAUCAUGUUACAGAACAGCAACUGGAAUAGUAGCACUGAUGAAGAUUAAUGUAUAUUCUUUUUGUAUAUUUAUUAUUAUUAUAAAUAGCUAACAGUAUUG